CCACACCCUGUGACUUUAUCUAAAAAGCAUUGCCCGGACAAUUUCAGAGUCUCGUUGAGCAAGUUUCCUCACAAGUGAGACUUACAGCUGGUUGUGUGCGUGAUUCUCGGCUCCUCUGCGCCUUUUUGCCGCAAUGCCACGCCAUCGCUACCCCGCAUACGCAAUUCGUUGUGCGAAGAGAUGACAGACGGUGUGAUCAAAAUGGCCGGUUAUGGGACGAACACCUGAGAGGCGAGAAAGACUACUUAUCCGGAAGCACGCCAUGAUAUCCAUGAUGGCUGCGCGCGAUAGUCUCCCUGGAGCCCUAUAGGUGCUCACCGACGGAGAUAAGCAGCCACCAAUUUAAUCUAUUAAUAGCGUGAUCCAGUACCCCGCGAUGAACCUCAACCUCGCGGUGAAUCUGUUUCCCUGUUCUGAUCUCUGUUCCUGGGUCAUCUCCAUCGCCACGCCAGCCCACCGUCCAAGCUGCAUAGUUAUCGUUCAGAGAAUGGGCGAGUUCAUCGUUUCUCCCUCGACGGAGAUAGCACAAUUUCUCCAAGCCGGAACGCGCCUGGUUGAGAACUUGUAUGCAAUUCAUGAUCUCGAUGAUGAUGCGGAGUUCACAGACUCCUGGGAUGCAGAUGCUGUCGCAGCUGAGUUCGGUGCAUUGGGCGAUAGGAUUUCCCGGGUCUCUGUGGCAAAUGCAGAAUCAUUGACACAACCGGACCGAUCCAAGAAUGUUCGCGAUGCAUGUGAGGUCAUCACCAAGAAUAUUCUUUGUCGCCUCGAUAUUCUGGAACAGCUCCAUGAACACAAGCUUCCCCAUAUUGCGAGAAACUUCAGAGAACUAUGGCCGCGGGAAGAUGUCGAUACGUUGGAGGAACACCUCAAGUCUAUCAUUGCCACAAUUGAGUCUGAGGCGGAGUAUCUACCCAGUAGUCAGUCAAACAAACUCGUUGCGACCCGUGAAGCACUCGAUGUGCUCGACAUCACCAAGGAUCAUCGCGACCAGGACCCGCCGGACACACAGCACGAAGACAGGAAGCUAUCAGCUAGAAAGAAGGCGAUGUCGCUCUUUGGCAAGAAGCCCGGGCAAAAGAAGAGCAUUCCCGAGGAUGAAAAGACAUAUACCAAAGAGACCCUAUUCUCCGACCAGGAAAUGAUCCUUCAGGACUUUCUGCUCGAAAGCCUGAAGUUCGGUUCCAUGACUGAUCGAGAAGACAGUGUUGCUGUCGCUCACGACGGCACCUUCGACUGGAUCUUAGCUGCCGAUGGCUCAGAAAGUCACCACAGCUUUAGUGUGCAGGAGUCGCUGGUGAAUUGGCUGUCUAGUGGGAACAACGACGGCAUCUUCUGGGUCAGCGGCAAGCCCGGGUCUGGAAAGUCAACAUUGAUGCGCUUCUUGAUGUCCCAUCCUACCACGAGGACAGUUCUGGCGACAUGGGCCGGGGAGGAGCCACUCAUCACAGCGGGGUUCUAUUUCUGGAUCAGUGGCACCCUGGAGCAGAGGUCCCAGACGGGGCUAAUGCGUCAUCUGCUGGUCCAGCUGCUGGAUCAGGAGUCUCAUCUUGUCCCGGUCGUGUUUCCGGCGCGGUGGAAGCAUCUCAGGCGCUUGACUACGCGAGAACGGAUUAAGGCGACGGUCGCCUGGGACUUGAAGGAGUUGAAGGACGCAUUGCGGUGGUUCAUGCAGCACACAGCCGGUGAAGCCAAAGUUUGUCUGUUCAUCGAUGGCUUGGAUGAGUUCGCAGGCAAUCACGAGGAUGUGAUCUCGUUUCUGCAGGAGCUCGUGUCCUCGUUCACCCACCUCAAGCUCUGCCUGUCCAGUCGGCCGCUGCCGGUAUUCCGUGAAGCCUUCGGAAAGAACCCUAAGCUGGAACUCCACGACUGCACGCGCCAGGAUAUGCUGGAUUACUCGCGAGACCAUCUAUCUGCCGAUCGGGAGAUCCAGUCCCUCUUCAGCAAGGAUCCCGAGAAGGCAUCACAGCUCAUUCUUGACAUCGUGGAUCGGGCGGAUGGUGUCUUUCUCUGGGCAGCACUGGCGGUCCAAUCCUUGCUACGGCGAAGUCAUCUCGACUUCCCCCAGCUCCAUGAAUCCCUGCUCCAACACCCAACCAAUAUAGACGACCUCUUCACAUAUUUCAUCUUCGAGCAAGCGACCACCAACCAAACCACCACCAUCUCCCGCAUCUUCCAGCUCCUCAACGCCCGCGAAGACGCCUGCAACGCCACCGGUCAAGAAGAAGCCAUCACCAUGCAACUAUGGGAGCUCGCCCUCGCCGACCAAGUCGAAGCCUCCGAGCUCAGCAUCCCCGAAGACGUACAACAGGCCAGCGACGACCAAAUCGAACAAAUCUGCUCCCUCACAACCAGCCGAUUCACCAACGAAUGUGCAGGCCUGAUCGUAACGCACCGGCCCAACCCCUCAACCAUCCGCGUCCACCACGCCACCACCCCAUCCCCAGCUCAGCUCCUCGCCCAGCGCAAGGUCACAUACGUCCACCGCACAGUGAAAGACUACCUUUCCCAACCCGAGAUCUGGGCCCGCCUCACCCACCCGCUGAAAGACACUUUCGACGCGCACCACUCCCUCCUGACCUCCCACAUCCUCCAACUCAAACACCCGCUCGACCCCUUCAUCCGCCACCGCCAGAUCGACGAAUGGUGGCCCGCCAUCCCCCUUGCCUUCACGCACGCCCGCCUCUCCCCCUCCCCCGAGCCAGAACUGCUCCUCAUCCCCGCCUUCGACACUGCCCUAUGCCAGCACUGGUCCUUCCGCGCCACCGCGGAGACCGACCACUGGGCCAAAUCGCUCUUCUCGACGUACGAGAUGCGCAAGCGGGCGGCCUUCGAACACCCAUUCCUCGCCCUCGCGGCGAAGUUCGGGCUGGCGCGGUUGAUCCGUCAACAAAUCCGCGAUGGGACGCUCCGGGCUCUACCCGCAGCAGCCCAA